AUUCAUCUUCCUUCACACACACAUACACACACAUACACACACACACACACACACACACGCCCGGCCUGUCCCUGGAACUAGCUAGCUAGCGGCCGGCUAUAUCAGUCUCCAGUUGUUGCCCAAAACACACCAUGAGUGGACAAGAGGAUGGAGGGAAGCGUCCAGUGUCCGUGGUGAUUGUGUAUGCAUUUGACUGCACCACCUCGACCCCGAAUUGGUACAAGGUAGACAAUAUCUUUUGGUUGGUGCAAGAGAAGCUCACCCGCAUGAUGGGUAGCAGCCUCGGCUACACAUACGUCAUGUCAACCCCUAAUACGUACACAUCAGAUAUGAAAUUAGUUGAGUCUUCUGAGAUAAAUGGAAAUGGCUACAAAAGUAGCCCGUCCUGGAAAAGGUCUGCCUGCGGCAAAUUUAUGACAUCUGGACUAUAUGAAGCACAUAGACUCAUCAACCAACAUGGGAACAUGAAUGCAAUCAUCCUGUUCUUCUCUGAUGGGUUGAUCAACAAGGGUGACUUCUUUGAUGGAGCUGAGGACUUCCUCUCCAGUGUGCCCGUCUACACGUUUACCCUCGGCGGAGAUGCAUAUAACCAUGGUCUUCGCACCAUUGCAGCAAAUUCCCCAGGCGGGAUGUUCAGCCCCCUCCCUGUUCCGGACAAGCCAAGCCUAUCUGUGACCUUCUCCCAACUCUUGGAUAACAUCCUUAAUGAUACCAUGAUGCCCAGUGAGAAGAAUCCUAGUCCCACUUCAGGACGGUGGCCGCUAAAUGUAGUGAUUGUGUCGGCAUUUGACUGCACCACCUCGACCCCAGCUUGGAACAAGGUGAAUCGUGAGGUCUAUUGGUUGGUGCAAAAGAAGCUAACCCAAUUUAAGAAUAGUUGCCUUGGCUACACAUACGUCAUGUCGACCCCUAACACGUACACAUCUGAGAUGAAACUUGUUGACCGCGCCGAGACAGAGGCAAGUGGGUACCCAAGAAGCUCAACCUGGAGAAGGGAGGCUUGCACGAACAACAUGGCAGCCGGUCUCGUUGAGGCACAUCGACUGAUCAAGGACCAUGGGCACCUAAAUGGCAUGAUCUUGUUGUUCUCUGAUGGGUCGAUUAACAAGGGCAGCUUCUUUGAUGGAGUUGAGGGCUUCAUCUCCAAAGUGCCAGUGCACACGUUUACUCUUGGUGGAGAUGCAUAUAACCAAGCUCUUCUCACCAUCUCAAUAAAUUCACCGGGAGGCACGUUUCACACCCUCCCUGUUCCGGAAAAACCGAGUCUAUCGGUGCCCUUUUCGAGGCUGGUGGAUAGCAUCCUCAGUGGCGCAGGGAAGCGGCCACUAGACGUGGUGAUUGUGUAUGCAUUUGACAGCACCACCUCGACCCCAGAUUGGAAAACUGUGAACAAUAUCUUUUGGUUGGUGCAAGACAAGCUCAUCCGCACCGUGGAUAGCUGCCUCGGCUACACUUAUGUCAUGUCAACCCCUAACACGUGCACGUCUGAUAUGAAAAUAGUUGAUUCGACCGAUACAGAGUUACAAGGCUACAAAAGAAGCCCGGCCUGGACACAGACCACAUGCUCGAAGAACAUGGCAUCCGGCCUCUCCGACGCGCACAAACUGAUCAGCUACCGCGAACACUGGAACGGCGUCAUCUUCCUCUUCUCCGAUGGGCUGAUCAACAAGGGCGACUACUUCGAUGGAGCCGGGGACUUUGUAUCCAGAGUACCUAUCCACACCUUUACUCUCGGUGGAGAUGCGAACAACCACGUUCUACGUGCCAUGGCAAAAAAUUCUCCUGGUGGGAUGUUCCACCCCAUCCAGUUCCCUGAUAAGCCGAAUCUACCAUCGCCGUUCUCACAACUAGUCGACAACAUCCUCGAGGGCAACAUGAGAUACACCUAGUCCAAAAUUCCCCAUUCAGGUAAUAUUAUACAUCAUUAUAUAU